AUGAGACACUUCCUGUUCAAGCAGGGCUCUGGUUCUUCGGCUCUACUGUCCGGGGCGGGGCAGGGUUACCCCCUGACCUCCGGGACCGUGUACUCCCCCCCACCCCGGCCCCUCCCUCGCAGUAGUGUGACCAGACCACUGUUUACCUUCAACAAACCUCACCGCUGCUGCAACUGGAAGUGCACAGCGCUGUCUGCGUCGCUGCUCACCCUCACCCUGGCCCUGCUGCUCACAUACGUCAUCGGGCUGACCUGGCAUCUGCGGCACGGCGAGAGCCAGCUGUAUGAGAAUGGCGUGCUCUCGGCGGAUCAUCAACAGGAGGACCGCAGCAAACCCCGACCCACCAGCUCCAUCCACUUGCUGGACACACUCAACCCUGAAAAUGCUCACGCAGGAGACCGAGAGAAAUGGGUGCGAGGCCGGGCCAUCGACCGAGGCGAAGUCGAAGUCGGAACCCAGCAGAGCCAGGCGAUCCCACCGGGGCUUUUCUGGAGAUUUCAAAUGACGAUGCACCAUCCGACCUACAUCAAGUUCAACCUGUCCCUCUCCCACAACGCACUGCUGGGGGUCUACGGACGCAGGAACAUACCGCCUACACACACUCAGUUCGACUUUGUGAAGCUGUUGGACGGGAAGGCGCUGCCCAGGUCUUUGACUGAUCCCGUCCUGACUGCCAAAGCUCCCAAAGGCCUGCUGCUGAGCGGCCUCCAAGAAACGGGCUUCAUAGAGUACAUGGACCCCGGCACCUGGCACCUGGCGCUCUACAACGACGGACGCAACCUGGAGCAAGUGUUGCUGCACAGCACUCCCAUAGACUCGAUGGAUGGCUGCUCCACAGACUGUAAUGGAAACGGAGAGUGUGUGGCCGGACACUGUCACUGCUUCGCUGGAUUCCUGGGUCCAGACUGUGCCAAAGAUUCAUGCCCCGUGUUGUGCAGCGGUAACGGCUUGUACGAGAAAGGAAGGUGUGUGUGCCUGGCAGGGUGGAAGGGGGCGGAGUGUAACGUGGAGGAAGGUCAUUGCAUCGACCCUACCUGCUCCAAUCACGGCUCCUGCAUCCAGGGUAUCUGCAUCUGUAGCCCCGCCUACAAGGGGGUUAACUGUGAACAAGUGUCAGACCCACAGAGAAUUAUCGCCGACUCGGCAGACUCUACGGACUGUGUGGAUCAAGUGAAGUGA